AUGUGUACGAGUCGGCGGUGGAGAACGGCGGACGACUGCCACGGGCUCUUCCGACCCGGACUGGCUAUUUCUGAGCGCGCCUUGCUUGCCGAGGGCUGUCUGCAGUAUUUCCUGAGCGGUAAAGGGAUCAGGAUCAUGGAGAAUUUUGUGAGUGCAUGGCGAAAGUCCUACGAGGCGCUUCGUAGUCAGGUCGCCCCGACGGGUCCCCACUUGCUCCAUGGCAUGGAGGAACCAGCCGUGCAGAUCACACUAGAUGCUCUUCGGCAAGCUACAGACGCAGACACAAGGGCAGACAGUAAUGGGGAUUCUGAAUCGAAAGGGGCUCUCGUCACCAGCGAAAGCUCAAUUUCAUAUCCUGACGAGGAGACCAAAGCUUUAGCUGCCCGACUGCUCUCGGAUACAAAACUCGUGCCCGACGAAGAGGCGGUGUUUGAUAUCCUUGGAGACUUGAUCAAUUCCGGUCUCAAACUCUCGCGGAUUGUGUCCAAGCUGGCUCCCGUCGGUCUUUCGAUUUUGAGCAGCGUGAUGGGGGAGUCAGCCCCGGCAGCAGACGGCGUGGACGGGCAGCUGCAGGAGCUGACGUACCGUACCGACAUUGAUGAGGGCUUCCUUGACUUUGUCAAGGAUAAGGUGUUGCGCAUUGGCCGGGCGGUCGUGUCCACCGACUCUCAGGCCAUCUGCAAGGGGGAGGGGCGAAGGCUCGUCGACGACAUCCUGAACGACGAAUCUGCUGGCGGUGACCGCGGGCUAUCUGUAGAUGAUGUCCUGGGUUCCGAGCAAAAGACCAAGUUUAAGAUUCUAGAGGACGAUUAUACUCGCAAGUUCUUGGCCGUUACCCAGGGUACCCGUGCGAAUGAACCACUCUCUGGGCGGGCUGCAAAGGCCUCUAGGGAGACUGGAAAGAAAGCAAGUGCAGAUGACGAACAGAGUGUCGAUGACGUUAUGUUCGAAAAUGUGAAGAAGGAAGGAAUUGGUAAAACGGCCAAAUCGUCGGAUUCAACUUCCGCCGACUCUAUUUUUCCUUCGACUCCGCCUUUUAGCCGGUGA